AUGACUACUAUUUUCAAUUAUUUAAGUAUUCGGAGUAAAUUUGAAAGAGGAGAAAUGAAGGAUAGUAUUCUUGUUGGUGAUAGUGGUUAUGCUUUGAAGACAUUUUUGAAUCCUACUGUCGACGGACAAAAUACGUACAAUGAGGCACAAAUAAGAACAAGAAAUGCUGUAGAAAGGAGUUAUGGCGUUUGGAAAAAGAGAUUUCCAGUAUUAGCUGUUGGAAUUAAUAUGAAAUUGGAGUCUGUUGAAAGCAUUAUAGUGGCAACUGCUGUAUUUCACAAUAUUGCUUGCUAUUUUGGAGAACAAACUCCAAGAGUAACUCGCCAGUUAGAACAAGUAAUUGACCUGACCACAUUCAGUACUAGAGGUACUGUCAAUAAUGUCAAUGAGCAUGGAACUUUGCAGAGAAAUAAACUUGUUCGAUAUUUUGAAAGAUUAUAA